UUCAUUGCGAUCCCAUACCUUCUUCCUUUCUUCUCCAAAUAAAGAAAAUAAUAAAAAAAAAAAGACAAUCUCAUCUCUCAAUCUCCGCAGCUUGAUACGUGAGAGGAAAGAUGGGCGUUGAUCUGGAAUCUAUCUCCGAGGCUACAUCUGGAGCUAUAGGAUCUCUCCUUAGCACAACUAUCCUGUACCCUCUUGAUACCUGUAAAUCCAAGUUCCAAGCCGAGAUCAGCGUUCGUGGUCAGCAGAAAUACAGAUACUUGUCGGAUGUGUUUUGGGAAGCGAUUUCUUCAGGGAAUGUUCUGUCUCUGUAUCAAGGACUUGGGACUAAGAAUCUGCAGUCCUUUGUUUCCUCAUUCAUCUACUUUUAUAGUUAUAGCUAUUUCAAGAGGUUACAUAGUGAAAGGGUAGGUUCUAAGUCAAUUGGCACUACGGCUAACCUGCUUAUUGCUGCUGCUGCUGGAGCUUGUACCUCUGUACUCACCCAACCUCUAGAUACAGCUUCAUCAAGGAUGCAAACAAGCGAGUUUGGAAAAGCUAAAGGACUGUGGAAGACCUUAACCGAGGGUGAUUGGGGAAAUGCAUUUGAUGGCCUUGGGAUCUCUCUUUUGCUCACCUCCAAUCCUGCAAUUCAGUAUACAGUGUUUGAUCAGCUGAAACAGAACCUCCUUGAGAAAAGAAAGGCAAAAGCCAACAAAGACUCUUCCCCUGUAGUCCUCUCUGCCUUUAUGGCCUUCUUGUUAGGUGCCGUGUCCAAAAGUGCUGCUACAGUCAUCACAUAUCCAGCAAUUAGGUGCAAGGUGAUGAUUCAAGCAGCAGAUGAGUCGAAGGACAGUGAAGCGAAGAAGUUCCCAAAAAGAACCAGUAAAACGAUACCGGGUGUCAUAUCUGCCAUAUGGAAAAAGGAAGGGGUCUUAGGGUUCUUCAAAGGCUUGCAGGCUCAGAUCUUGAAGACAGUUCUGAGCUCGGCGUUGCUGCUAAUGAUCAAGGAGAAAAUCACUGCAACCACAUGGUUUCUCAUUCUUGCAAUAAGAAAAUCUCUGUUUGUCACGAAAGGUAGGUUGAAAAAUCCAUAAAGAUUACCCUUCCGCAAGUGUCCCAAGGCCAAGCAAGAGCAAAAGACUGGUGUGUUGGCAAGUCUGUUAUUGAAAGAAUUUCAAGCAGGCAAGUAUUGUAGACUUUUCUCAUUAAAAAACUAUUGAUUUUUUUAAAAGCAAGGAUCUGAUUUGUAGGGUUGCAUAAGGCUACAUGUUGUUGCCAGAUUGAGUUUCUGGGCGUAGAGAACUUUAUGGUUAUGUGUAGUUAUGUUUGUUAUCUUCUGUUGUAAUAAAAGCAAGGACCUCUGUGUAGGAUCAUGUGACUGAGAUUAAAGAAAAGAUGUCCUAUGAGACUACAAUCUCAGGGUCAUUUUGUGGAAAAAUUAUACUCUUUUGUCUGCGUCUGAACGUUUGAAACAAUCACUAUUCAAAGCUCGAAUUCACGUCUGUUCUUCAAUUUCUGAUCAAUAUCCAUGAUUUUUUCGGCUUAGCCCCUCCCAUAUUACUACAUAACUACUCUUUUCA